UUCACGCGACGCCACUGUUUCAAAUAGGGAUUAAAAACGCCUGGUUUAUUUACCACCAAAGCAAAAGCUGUAUCUGACCGUUACAUUUCGCUAAUAGAUUUCUUCGUUUACCUCGACGGACAGAAGUAAUCCGUUAUCCAAAUAUUCGCGAAAUCCCGCUAGCUUGAAAACACAAGUCGGCAUUUCGUCUGUGUAACGCCGCCUGCGCGUCAGUCAUUUUUACUCCCGCCAGGAGCAGCCAAUCAGCUUCCGGCACAGCGUGACGUCCACCCAAGCCCCGCCUUGUUCACGCUUGUAGUAUUCUGGCCGUAUUGACGUACAAUACGAGUGUUGGACGCGAACGAAGGGAAGCGUAACAGGGAAAUGCAAUUUACCUGACCGAUAUAUUCCCGUGAAGUCCAUUAGCUUUUGAUGUUUUAAAGAGACGGUUAAGCCUUCUCCUCAGUUCCCAAACACACAGGGAUGUAUAGAGCCCGGACCGUCAAUGCUGUGUGUUCGGACAGGGUACUCUUGUAAAAGUAUGACCGUUGAUGCUUUUCCGAGGUCAAAACCAAGUGAAGAAAAUACUUUUGAGCGCUCGGACAAGUUCGAUCCACCCGGAAUGGUUGUAGUACCCAACCUGGCGAUGAACAACAGGCCGAAAGUGCAUAUUCCAAAUGGAUACAGUACGGGGAAGGUGUCCAGUCCUACUAACUCGACGUUCUCACAAUCCAGAAUACACGUGGACCCAUGGAGCCCAAGCUCUGUGAAACUUAGUUUUUUCUUUGGGAGUGAUCCGGAUCCCGACCCCCGGGGUAAUCUGCUCGACCCCCGGGGAUAUGGGAUGUCCCAGUCUGUGAGUGACCUCAGAUCCAGCUGUAUUUCGUGCGAACGCGCGGUUCCGGCGUUUGUGUGUAAACCUCGAGCAGACGACAGGUACCCGUCCGAGGACGAAGAGGAAUAUGUGACGCUGGACUACAACUAUGUGCCGAACCAGAACAGGUGCAUGUCCUGGACAGUCCCGGGCUCGAAUAACCACACGGAUAGGAAAUGCGAACCUUGGACUGUCCCGAGGGCUAAUCAUAACCUAGAAGUGAAGUCUGACCACCAAAAUACCCAUGGAUCUAACGUCCACCCGGGUUAUAAGUAUGGACACACUUGGAAUACUCACCGCCAUGUGGUUGAUGGUGAAGUCAGGAGCCAUCAUAGACAGAGGAAUGCUUCCAGGACGCUUCGCUACCCAGAUUCGAACUGUGAGACGAGGUCUCUUUCUGGAAUUACCCACUACCCGGAUGUCAGCUGUGACUCUAACACUGUUUCAAGAAGUAAACACUACCAGGAUGUUAUGUGUGAAUUCAGGACGGUGCCGAGAGGAGCUGACCACACUCAGGAUAUCAAGUGUGAAAACUGGGGUGUCCCUAGGUCGUGUAGUCAACAGUGCGUCAGGUCCCCGAGGUCGACUUUUAACCCUGGAUUCGUACCCAGGGAUAGUUUCGAGUCCAGCGUCCUGCAUGUGCGCGAAAACACCCCGCCGGUAUACUCUAGACAUCUGUCGAUGGAAAAUGGUAGACAGACCGUGUCCCAAAGAAGGGAAUGGAAAAACAGUUCCCUUCAACGGGUUAACGAAACUAAAGUUCAGACAAUAGCAACUUUUACUCCAAUAAAAAACGUAGCUUCGUCCUCCGGGCUUUUAAACCAAGGGCACCGACAGAGGAGCCGAUCUCUGCCUGAUUUGCAAGUAGAUAUAGGGGGUUCUAGCUGUAACUUUAGUGACGACGAAGAUGGGGAUGAUUUUGGUUUUCUCAGUUACCCAUUUCUGCCGUCUUGUUUUACUACAGCCGCCAUGCACAAGGCGAAGUCCCCCUCGCCUGGACACAAGAUCCUCCCGAAACGCUGGCGCAGCAAGACGAAACCCCUGCCCAACACCGUCGCCAAGUCGCUCUGGAGUCCAGAGACGUCAUGCACGUGGUGCAGCAUGAGCGGGCGCAAGGUUGUCCUGAAGCCGGUCAGUCUGUUCCAACUCACCGAGGCCGAGCGACUGGCUCUCCAGAAAGUGGCCCUCACCAAGCUGCAGGAGAUGGAGCUGGGAUGCCCACUCAUCGUUCCAAAAGAAAAUGGAGAUAGCAGACGGUCAAAGAGACACACAAUAUCUAUCAAAAGGCGGUCUCGCUCAGCGAAUCUUGGAGGUUUACUUGACGUUUUAGUCGACAAGACGAAAGAAAAGGAACAAAAAGAUGCUGGUCUGGUGUUUGGGAUCCCCCUGUCGAAGUGUAUCAGCAAUGACAACAAGUUGAAAAAGUCUCACAGUACAUCCACCAGUACGCUGAAGGCACGCAGUGAAAGUGCCGACAUCUUGCUGUCACCCAGACCCAGAAAAUCGAGCAGCUCUUCUCAGAGUUCGAUGGACAACGCACCUCACAACGGCAGCAUGCUCUCCACUAACUCGGCUUACAGGCGGACGGCAAGCUCUGAUUCGUUGUCGGAGUCGGAGAGUAGUCGCAACACGAGUUCUAGUCUGAUCGACGCGCUGUCCUUGUCGCUGUCUGACUCGCGGCAGUGCAGUCUACCAGUCAGUCAUACUGUGUAUGCAACGGGGAGACCGCAGGUGCCGGAGGUGGUGCAAGUCUGUUUCAGACACUUAGAGAUGUACGGUUUGCGCGUGUUAGGGAUAUUUCGUGUGGGUGCUGCCAAGAAGCGAGUGAAGCAGCUGAGAGACGACUUCGACAGCGGGAAGGAAUCUCCGCUGAACGACUCACACCAGCCGCACGACGUGGGCGCACUCCUCAAAGAAUACUUCCGUGAUCUUCCCGAACCACUGCUCACCCGCGACCUCUACCAGGCCUUCAUCGCCACACGAAAAAUCAAAGAUCGACCCAAACAGUUGAUGGCUUUUAGAUUGCUAAUCGCUCUUCUUCCUCUGCCGAGCAGAGAUACGGUCUGGGCACUCAUGAGGUUUCUCCACACGGUGGCGCAACAUUCCGCAGACUUCAUCGAAACAAACGGCAAUGUUUUACCUGGUAACAAAAUGGACAGUCACAACUUGGCAACACUGUUUGGCCCAAACAUCUUGCACAAGGCAAAAAUAUCAGAGAAGGAAUUUCUUGUAGAGUGUACCGAGCAGGCUGAACAGAGCAAAGAAGUGAUUGAAGUCAUCAAAGAUAUGAUCGACAACCACCACGAAAUCUUUGAGGUUACUCCCGAGUUGCAUGACGAGGUGAUUCGUGUUCUCAUGGAAACCAAUCCAGAAGUAGCAGAUAAAGUGCUCAAACGACUGUCUAACGAGAGUCUAAUGGAGCCUGACCCGGACACUUCAAGCAGCGUGUUUGAUGACAGUGACUCCCCAUCACUCCCGCACUCGCCGAGCAGUGACGCGGACCUUGUGUCACAGAGUCGCAGACUGCAGCUCGGACACCAGGCUCUGCGUGUUACGAAGAGUGCCGACCCGCGGACAAACCCAGUCAUUCAGAUAGAGUCGGACAACAGACGGACUCUUUCCUCUAGUGAGGACAAACGAUGUCCCACCAUCUCUGUUGAAGGAACUCCUAGUCCUAAACCACACAGUCCGUUCAGUUACAGGAAACCAAAGUUAAAAAGUCCAAGAGAAAGUUCGAGCCCGGAGAUUCAUCUACGACCUCAGCACGACUCGCGCGAUCGCCCAUAUUCCGAAGGAUUCUCUCACAGUCUUGCCAUUCCAAAAGUGAAUUACUUGCGCGAGAACAGCAGUUCGAGUAUUAGCAGUUACCUGUCUUCGCCAAACAGUCCUGUGGGCUCAGAGAGCUCCAUACAGUGGGCGAGUCAUUCACCUUCAAACUCACCAAACCCGUUAAGACGUUCGUCAUCUCAAAGCCGGCCGCUAAAUUUACAAACGGCUGAUCCGCGACAAGACGUGAAGUCGACCAUUGGGUCGGCUGAGUGGCAGAGGGAGAGUUGGCACCACUGGGAACUGAUAGCUGCAGAGAAAGCAGCAGAUACGUACGAACAGGAGACACUAGUGUGACGAUAAUAAUUAUACACACUAAACUGGGCUUUAUACAUAGAUAUACAUAGAUUGAUGCUUUCGAAUAAUGUUGGGUUUAGUGAAAAUGAAAGGUGCACAGUGCUUGACAGUUUAAAAUAAUAUAUAUAAGAUGUUUUUGUAACAUUUCUACACAGAUGAGUGGUUAUGAAUAAUGUUAAGUUUUAUUAGAAAUGUGUAAUACAAGAGGAACAGAGAUGGGGUUUUCUUAAAUAUGAGAUUUAAUUGAAAAUUUAUCUUAAGUAGACACAUUAAUACUUAAAAAUAAUAUCAGAUUCACAAAAACUAAAGUGGAAAAGGCAUAUACAUAUCAUUUGUACUAGAAAAUGCAUAUCAAAAGCAGAUACAGACAGACAUAUUAUAUAUAAAAAGAAAUUGAUGAGGUUUUGUUUUUUACUACAAUUUCUUCUUUGCAUAUGAGAGGUGUUAUUAUUACAUAAACAGAUAUAAUAAUUCUAUAUUUAGAUCUAUGAGAUUCUGAGAGAGUGUUCUAAAGGUAUUCACAAGAGUUUCAGUCUUAUGAAUACAACUAUAUUUGAAAGUCACUGUACAACUUAUACCUUUUCCAAGUGUUUUAUAGAGAAUAACAUAUGAGUGGCUGUUAGAUACCAUUUAUCUCAUGAGUUGUUUUAAAAUGUAUCUAACAAGCGAAAGCAAGUUUGAUACGUUUUUAAACAAUGAGUUGUGAGUUAAUUGGUAUCUUA